AAAGAAUAUGUUGAACCAGUAUGGACGCUCGAUGCGGUGGUAUUUUGUAUGAAGAAGACGUUAACCUUCGACUGUGGUUUAAUAUUCUCGCCUUUGACCCAAAAGAAAUUCAGAAUAAUGAAGAAUAAUUGACAGAUGACUCUGUCUGUAAUUGAAAGGAGCAAAGACUAUGGGAGAGAGAGAGAGAGAUCAUUAUUGAAGGUUAUGUCUUAGUUAAACGUCUAUUGGUUAUGUUUACAUGUUUUUUUUCGAAAUAUUUGGAGGUACAUUUUUUAAAAACAUUGGAAAUUUGUAUUUGGGUUGACUUUCAUCGCUCAAUAAAAUCCCCUUCUAAUUUUGUAUUCCCUUAUGUACUGGAAUCAUCUGAAAAGAUGUCUUCUCUUCCUGAAGACGGUAGACCAAAGCUGAAAGCAAAACGAUUCAACAAAUUCCACUCAUCAGUGGAAACUUCAUUAACCGAUACUUCAAGUCAUACUGGUCAAGACCGACAAGGAUUGAAAAGAAAAAAUGAGGAGUCAUUUCAGAUACCAUCACAACCUAAAAAGAAAUAUGAACAAUCAGCUAUCAAGCCCCCAAUUACACAAAAUUUGGCAAAUAAGAGGUUACAAAACUUGAAACGAUAUUUAAAGAGUGAUGUGAAACAUGGAAAUUCCAGAAUUGAAGAUAGAUCACAGGAAGAGAAAAACCAACACAGUUCAUUUCAGAGGAGAGAUAUUAAUUCUGUGAGUGUUUCUCAAGAUACUUCCUGCAAUAUUUAUAAAAAUCUCAGUCAGUGGGCAAGCCCUCCACUGGAGAGAAACAUGUCUCUUCAUGAAUAUGACAAAGGGAUCAAUUCCAACAAUGCAGAACAGAGUAGAUCUGCUCAAGGAAAGCAAGAGUAUGGCAGUUUCACUAACCAAGUUAGACAACUUAUCCAUUCAGACUGUACCAAUCCACAAAGCCUACCUAAUAAUGAUACAAAAUAUGGAAGUGAACCUCAAAAAAUGUACACUGUACAUCAUACCCAAGAAGAUAGAAGUAUUGUUCUUUCGAAACAUAGCAACUCGACUAGUCCUGUUAUGAACUUUAAAGAUUUCAGGGAAUCUAAGAGAUGUGAACAAACCAUCAAUGAUGAAAAAGAGCAAGCUGUUACUGAAGGUAGGAGUAGCAGUAUUUAUAAAAAUCUUGGCAAGUGGGCAACCCCUCCAAAUACUAUACCUCAAAAAAACUUAGCUGGUAGUAGGUUACAAAAACUUAAAAGUGUUCUUAAAGAUGCGAAACCUGUAGUUGGAGACAAAUCAACUAAUUGUUCAACUGCAAACUCUCCCACUGUUGAAAAUUCUGAAGAAAAAUAUCGAUCUCCUUUACUUAGAGAAAAAUACCGAUCUCCUUUGUUCAAGGACACAGGUAUUUCUAACAAAAGACACAUAACUGAUGAUUUCGUUUCCGAAUGUAGUCCUGCAAAAAAAAUUGUUGUCAAUCCUUCAUUUUCAAGUCUUAGUAGAUCUUAUUCAAAAAAUAAUUUGAAUGAAAUAAGAGAUAGAAGCACAUCAUCUGAAAAUUUGAAUAAAGAUGCUGUAAAUGUUUCUCAGCGAACAGUUAGAGACAAUGUAUCUUUAAAUGAAUCUAAUUGUUCCACAUCGUUUCAAAAUAUCAAUUCAACAGUGGUACUGAAUGACUUUCAUAGGGAAAAUAAUGAAAUACACAAUUCUCCUUCAACACCUAUUUCAAAGAGAUUGAAUUUUAUUAGAAACAAACCAGACAAAAGUUACAACUUGUCAACAAAUGCAAAGCCUUCUGUUUCUAAUUUCAAUACACCUUCCAAACUAUCUCAGCCCCAAAAAGAAAAUCCAACAGAAUGCCUGGUCCUAUCUACUGAGAAUACAGAUAAUUUCAGUGAAAAGAUGGCUAUGACUGCUUUCUGGGUAAGCAAUCUUAAUAAUGAAAACCUAACACAAUCUCCGAUAGAAUUGAAUUGCAAACAAGGUAUAAACGUAGUAGAAGAAGUUAACAAUAAAAUUCAAGAAACUCCAGAGGAUAAUUCCAUGGAGAUGGAAUGGACAAAUGCUGAACCAGAUAAUGAGAUAGUACAAAAUAAUCAUAACGAAGAAGAGACAGAUAGUAAUACUGUUGAACAACCAGAAACUAAAAAUCAGCCAAGUAAAUCAAAUGAUUUAUGUAUUGUGGUAGAUACGAAUAUUUUUAUACAUGGACUAUCGAAAAUCAAGGACAUCAUCAACAUGAAAAUUUCAGGGCCAAUUCAACUGGUAUUAUAUAUUCCUUGGAUGGUUAUAACAGAACUGGAUUACAUGAAGCAUGAUUGCUCACUAGACAGUCUUAAAAGAAAAGUAACAAAUUCAGUAAAAUUCAUCAAUUCACAUCUGGAGGAACAAAAUCCAAGAUUAGUUGGUCAAACGGUAUAUGAAAUGGAAAAACAAAAAUUUAUUGGUAAAAGUCCUGAUGAUAAAAUAAUCUCUUGCUGUUUACAAGCUGCAGAAAAAUAUGAAACUGUGAUAUUACUUUCGAAUGAUCUGAAUUUGAAAAGUAAAGCCAUGAUAAACCACCUAACUGCAUGUUCAGAACACGAUAUAAUAAUGAAGAUUUUAUCCAUUACCAAGAAUACUAAGGCCCAGAAGAUAAUGCAAAAAAUGAGUAUGUUGUGCUCUUCUGUGAUUUGUGAAUUUGCCAAAGAAACUUAUGGAGAGGUAUGGUCGAAAAUGAGUAUGUUGUCCAAUCCACCAUGGUCGUUAGCGGAAUGUUUGAAGCGCUUCAAGAAAUAUUGGGGGACAAUAUUCAAAGAUAAACUCUUAAAACAGUUUACAAAAACCAUAGAUGAUUUACUGCAGCUCUUCAAUGAAAAUAAAUAUUUUCCUGACGAUUCAGAAGAUUACAUCCGUUUUGUCAAAUUAUGCAUUAAUAUGUGUAUAUUCUUGAAGGAUAUUGAAGAAAUCAGAGGAUCAGUAGAGAAUGUAUUAACAGAUAUUAAAAAAUUUGGAUGAAUAUUCAUUUGUUUUUUACCUAAUCAUUGUUUUUUGUUAUUCUGUUAUAAAUUAUAUUUUUGUAUGAAAUAGUGUAUAUAAAAAAAUAAUAAAUUCAGUUCCUAAUGUUUGACUUGGA